AUGAUGUCCCCGUAUCUGGCCAAGCUCAAGCAGCUGAGUCAUCGCCGCAAAAUGCACAAUCUAAGUCUCAGCCUGGGCCAGCAUCUCAGCCAGUUGGAGCGCCUUGACCGGGAGCUGGCCCUGGCCAGGCAGCAGGAGAAGGAGUUUUAUAGAAAGUUUGAAAUCGAAAAUGAUCUUGAAGAGGGAGAAGCAGAGCCAGAGGUUGAAGCGGAGGCGGAGGAGGAGGAGGUGGAGGUGGAGGUGGAGGAGGCGGCAGAGGAGGAAAUAGAGAUGGAAGCCCUUAGCAGUGAUACCUUUAGCAGCAAUAGCAGCAAAACCAGCUCCAGCUCGAGUUCAAGUAGCAGUAGCACUAGAACCAGCUCUAGCGGCGAUCAGCAGGGGCAGGGACAUGGCCCUGGAAUUGGGUUUGAUCAUCUACAAUUAGACCAAGCCCAAGUCCAAGUCCAUUGCGCCGAUGACCCUGCCCCAGAAGAGUCGGGCGAUUGUUUGGCCAUCAAAGAGCCAACUAUCAAGCGCCUGACUAACGAGAUCAAGGAGGUUAAACAGUCACUUCUUACAGAGGUUCCCUCACCUUUGGAAUGGAAGGAUUUUAAUUUUCCCAUGCCCUCAGCCGAGGCCAUUAGAUUGGCCUCCAAGUCCAAGCUAAAUGCUGAUGCUGUGGCCUACAAGAUGCCCGAAACAGCUUCAACCACAUCUUCGCCCUUUCGGCUGAAUGUCAAGGCUCCCAUAUUCAAGCCAUCCAAGGAGAGUCAAGCUGAAUGCUCCGAGGAUCUACCACUAUCGGGAACCAUAGCCGCAGCAGCAGCUGGAGCCGAGGCCACCUAUCAGCUGCUGAUGCGCCAGAUGACCAUGCUCCAUCAGCCACCAGAUCCUUUGGCUCAUAUUCAUCCACUUCGACCUUAUCCACGUCCCCAGAGGCAUCAGCAUCCUCAUCAGCAUCAGAAACAGCAUCCGCAUCAUUCGCAUGCCCAUCAUUUGUUGCCACCUGUACGGGCCCUGCUGCCCACACCUGACAUCCAGCCUCAUGUGCCGGUCCAUAUGCAUACCCAUAACCAUUCCAAUCAAAGAGGCGUCUCCCAAAGCCUGCUAGGAGUACCGCCACAGCUGCCGGAGCAGCUGAUGCAUCGCAUUGGCAACAACAGACAGCAUUUGCGUAAUCGCAAGGAGCCGCUUCCUGAUCUCUUUCCAGAAGUUCUGACUCUAAUGGAGGAGCUCCUCCGUCCAGUUAGUUAUCCGGAAAUGGUCACCAUACUGGCUGCCCGCCUGCAUCGUCCAGUGGUGGAGCUGAAACGUCACAUUCCCCACACCCUGCAUGCCGCCGUCAUUCAUGGUUAUAUGAGCAAGGAGGGCAAUCGCUAUAGUUUGCUCUCGGAGGCCGAGCACAUGGUUAUCAAGAGGCGUAACCAUGAGGCUGCCCAGCGGGCCAAGGAGCUGGAAAAGGAGCCAUUGUCGUGGCGUAAGCGUUAA